GCUUGGCUUUAUAAGGCCCCCUGGAUCGACAGAAACUAGCUCGCCACACACUUUCUUGGGCAGUCUUGUCUCUAUAAAUAGUUCUUCGGGAGGCAAAGUGCCACACCGAACUGUUAUACCACAUCAGGAGUAGAAAACAACGGAUCCACCAUGAAGAUUGAGCGUGACCUCUACAUGGCCAAAGGGGAAGGAGAGGCUAGCUACGUGGUUAACUCAAUGCUUCAGCGAAAAGCUUUGCUUGAGACCCAGUCGGUGCUUGAGAAGGCCGUGAGAGAAGUGUACAUGGAUCUUCUCCAGCCAGCAAUGAUUGUUGUUGAUUUAGGGUGCUCUUCUGGUCAGAACACACUCACCUUCGUAUCCAAGGUGAUCAAAGUGAUAGGCCGUGACAUUGGCGGAGAAUCAAAGCGCAAUCCCGUGGAGCUCCAGUUCUUUCUCAAUGAUCUGCCGGGCAACGAUUUUAACCAUGUCUUCGGUUCACUUGAACGGUUCAAGAAGAUGACAGCAGCAGAACACAAAGAAAAUACACUAGUACCGCCUUUCUACAUCGCCGGGUUGCCGGGCUCCUACUACACCAGGCUUUUCCCUCGCCAGAGUUGUCACCUCUUUCACUCGUCAUAUUGUCUCCAUUGGCGCUCCCAGGUUCCAGCUGGAUUAGAAGGAGGAAGAGAGUACCUAAACGAGGGAAACAUUUACAUUGCUAAGACUACGCCAGCAGUUGUUGCAGAACUGUACCGACAACAAUUUCAGAAGGACAUGUUAUUGUUCCUCAAGUUGAGGUAUGAAGAGCUAGUGGUUGGUGGGCAAAUGGUGCUGACGUUUCUUGGGAGGAAAUAUGAGGACAUAUACAACAAAGGAUAUCUGAACCAUCCUUGCGGAUUACUUGCACGAUCUCUGCAAUCUCUUGUUGAAGAAGGUCUCGUGAAGAAGGAGAAGCUCGACUCUUUCAAUCUUCCCAUUUACACGCCAUCAGUCAAUGAAGUGGUGGCGGUAGUCGCACAAACUGGAUCGUUCAAUGUCAGCCACAUCAAAUUGUUCGAGUCCAACUGGGAUCCUCAUGAUGACUCGAAAGGGGAUGAGGUGCAAAAUAGCGUUCAGAGCGGGAUUAACAUUGCAAAGUGCUUGAGGGCCGUGUUCGAAUCCCUACUUGCAAGCCAUUUCGGUGAAUCCUUGCUCAACAAGCUGUUCGAGAAAUGUGCAUACUAUGUUGCGGAGCACCUUCAGUGGGGAGAGGGCAAGUACCUUCUCAUUUGUGUGUCCCUGAAAAGAACAUAACAAUAGAACAUGCCAUGCCUAUGGAUAUGCAUACUUACCUGUAAUUUUAAUUCCUUUUCUACAUAUUUUUCUUUCAAUAA